UUCAUAAAUGUUCAUAACGUGGGCGACUUAAGUUACCUCUUUAGCUGUUUCAGCGUUGAGCAUACUGACGCAUGUUGUUUAUCACCGACAGUCAGUUCAUGUGAUAGACCAGUGCAUGAGACUCGUUAGUGCUUGACAUGUGCAGAUUCUCUUAACGAGGAGCUUGGCGACUGAGUCUGAAAAACAGUGUCAGGGGCUCGAAUUUACAGGCACGACGUGAAAUAACAACAGGAUACGAGUGUGAAAAUUCGUAUUUGACAGGUUGUGCUGUGCUGUUUUGUUGCUAUUACCUGCACUCCACGAAGAGCUUUGCUGCAGAACAACCUUAAGCUUACACUCUGGAGGCUGUUAACGAGACAGACGGCGAUGUCAAGGAAGCAUCGUUUCAUCCACCCCUGACUUCUACCUCCACAGACUCUCUGGCUGCACGUUUCUGCACAUCAUUUGUUUUGAUUUUUUAUUUCACGAUGAUUCAUUUAUCAGUUGUGCAUCUGUCAUCAAAGCCGCCAUUUUUUCUGAGGCUUUUUCUCAAGAGAAAACUGAUGCCUUCCGUUUCCUGCUAAAGUUUUCUGGGUAUUUUGUUUCUGUUACCAAAGAGACUUUUUGGCUUUAAACUAUUUUUCUAUCCCGCGUCUUUGCUGUUAGUUCUUAUCACACAGUCGUUUUCUUCUUUCUACCUUUCCCCUCCCUCUGUCAGAUACGCCUGUAUAACAUUAUUUUAACUUUUUUUUUACCCUUGUUUUCUUCAUGGGCACAGACUGAGAAUACAAAACAGUUUUCGUCUGUUUUUGUUCCCCGUCUUCAGUUUUUCUGUUGGCUGAUAUUUUACCGUCCCUGUCGAGGGCAGAGCUCAGGGCGAGCUUGGCCGCCAAACUGAAUCCCACUCGGCUGUUUUAGCUGUGUUCUAUUGUGUCACAACAUGUGGUCCACCUUCCUGGUGACCGAUGAGGAGGGCCGCACGGUGGGUCCGGCGGCGACAGGAACGGUGGGAGGGGUCGCACCGGUAGGAGCGGCCCAGGGUGCUGCAGGUCUCGCCAACCUGAUGAGUGGGCGCAGUACCUUUGGCGGGAACAAGCGCCGCAGGACGACGUCAACAGGACACACCAUGAGUGAGGCCCAGGAAGGGAAGAUCAAGCUGGCAUUCUUCGUGGCCAUUGUUGGCGUAGUCCUGACAGUCCUUGGGGUGGGGACAGAGUUCUGGGUGGAGCUGGCACCUCCCAAAGGUUUCUACAACAACCAGACCUGUCUGACAGCUCACUACGGCCUGUGGAAGGGCUGCACCAAGACCUUGUGGGUGGCUGACAUCGACCCCGAGAGGGAGAGCUGCGGUCCUGCAGAGCUACCCGGAGAAUCAAACUGCACCUACUUCAAGUUCUUCACCACGGGGGAAAAUGCUGUGAUGUUUCAGAAGACAACGCAGAAGAGUCUGAAUGUAGCGGCAGCCAUGUUGGCCCUGUUCAGCCUUUUCCUGAUGGUGAUGGGGGCCAUAUGCAUCGUGAUGUCUCUCAGUAAAGAGAUCCUCUUCUUCCUCAAGCCAGCAUCCGUCUGCUUUAUCCUGUCAGGGGUCUUGGUCCUGCUCUGUCUGAUGGUCUUCCACCAGUCCGUCCUGGCCCUCCUGGCCACCGACCACACGGUUCCUCUCCACCACGAGCUCUCCUGGUCGGUGUCGUGCAUCGGCUGCGCGGGGGCGGUCCUCAUCGUGGGCGGGAUCCUCUUCCUGCUGCUGGCGCUGCCCUACAGCCCCUGGCGGAGGUGUCUCCCUCCGAAGGACGGCAGCAGCUAGUGGCCCGGAGGUGGUGUUGCACUUUAUCUGCCCUUCCUGCUUGUGAGGAGGGAGGGAGCAGAGGGCAGAGGACGUUUCCCAAAGACGCCUUAGCACUGAGAUUGUUUUCCUCCUGUGAACUUAAAGGAAUCGCAGGUGUGUUUAUGGGAACGUGAUGGCAGGCAGAAACACCUGCCGGUCGUCUACAUGUCUUUUCAAAUAUUUUGUAAUUCUCUCAUUUAAAAUCCAGCUGUUUUUCCUUUUGUUUCUCAGUGAGUCGUUCUGGUUAACUGUCAAUAAGCACAUUUUGAUUUAUGAGCCCAUCAUUUGACAUAAUCUUGUUGAAGUUUGUCCUGUUUAACAUGGAGACAGGUGGUGUUUAAGUGCUUCAUGCUCAGAUGUGUUUGGGAAACAGUCCUGAAUUGUCUUACUAAUCAUCCUGCAGGGUUUGGAGGCAAUUUACUGUUAUUCAAUAAAUUAUGAAGCUUUUUAAAAACUAUAUCUAAUACCAGCUAUUCCACCCCAAGAAGUGCAGCAGCUUAAAGAAGCAGGUUGAGUAGUGGAGCUGCUGCUAAAAGUCACCUGAAUGCUGACAUGUUUGUGAAACAUGUCGCAAUGCUAAACAUUAAAAAUGCUUGUGAGUCAAUUUAUCUGUGCUUGCUUAAAGAGUACAUUUAUGUUAACUAAAGUGCCAGUCAAAGUUUUACAUUUUCAGACGAGACAUUUGUUGUCUCUGUUCGUGUUGGGAAAGUUCAUGCUCGCAGAUGGACAGCAGCAUAAGCAAACUAUUUGGACUGAGUGCACAAUAAAAGCUAACUGUAAGACAAAAUUAUCUUUGACAGUGUAGUCCCUGUAGACCAUUUGCUAUAACUGGCCUUUGAUUCGUUGGAUCGGUUGGACGGAUGCCACCUGUCUGCUCAGGUAACAGUAAACAGCCUCCAAAAGCUAAAAAUGACCGAAUGGAAACGUUUAUUGACCUCCAGUUUGAAAACCUCCUCCUUGUUUAUUUUCUCAGUGAUGUGUGAAGAAAAGAAAUAAUAUUUGUUUGAUUUUUAUGUCCGUCGUCAAACGCCUUUCUGUCUGCUGAGCUGCUUGUUUGCUCUGUGUGUCGGAUGUUUUGUUGUUCAUCCAUUAAUGCCGAGAUACACGUUGAUUAGAAACACAAUACCCGCAUUUCGUUUAUUUCAUGCUGGAUACGUGAAUGCAGUUUGUGUUUUUAUCUUUAUUAGAUUUCACUUGCUUUGUGUAGUAGAUGUGACACUCUUUGUAAGAAGAGGAUAUUUUAAAUAAAGUGUAAGGUAG